CACAAUUGGAAUUGUAAAUUCCAAGGAAUUCAUACGACGAACCCUCAGAGGAGGAUCAAGUCGCCGCAACCAACCUCAUUCGUCCUUUCGUAGUCAUGUGCCCCCUUCGGUACAUCCUCCUCGCGCUGUCUCUGAUCGUGGCCUUCAUCGGUCUGUCCCAAGCUGCGCUGGAGGCCGACGAAGCUAGCUCGUCCGCAGGUGACGACGACACCACUACUGACGGGAGCAAAGCGGCCAAGAAGUCCAAGUUCCAAACCCUUGUCGAUAUGCUCUCGGGUCGCUACUUAUUGAACGCGUACUACGGCGCCCCCACCGCUGUGAAAGUCGACUAGCAUCCAAGUCCCCACGAUCAUUAAGUUAUACCACCAGCGUCUGAUGAAUUAUGUAAAGUACGCAUCCUUUUGAACCAUAGUGUUGUGCUUUUCGAUCAUGGACGCAGCAGUCGUUGUGUUGAGUGACCCCUGGCUCUCAAUAAUCCAUAGAACCGUUCAGCG